AUGCCGGAAUCAGGUGCAGCAAAAGGCAGGCGAUUCUUCGCGGUUCAUUAUUUUCUGCUUAGGUUUCUUGGUUUGGGUUGGUGGCAUUUACCAGAAGAGAACAAUACUAAUAACUUCCCAGGGAUAUAUCUGUACUAUUCUAUUCUAACUGAGCUUGUAUGGGUCGCUGGUUUCGUGGGCUUGGAGUCGGUGGAUCCCUUCAUCGGUCAUAAAGACCUCGAUCGUUUAAUGUUCAGUCUAUCUUUCGUAGUCACUCACGACCUAACAAUAAUUAAGUUAUACAUAUUCUUCUUUAAGAAUCAAGAGAUCCAAGACAUUGUGCGUACAUUAGAAAUAGAUUUACACCAGUUCUAUCAGAACGAUGAGAAAAAUCGUAGAACUGUUCGCAUUACAAGGAUUUUUACGGCUUUGUUUAUAUUUUUCGGUUGGAUGACUAUAGGGAACGGUAAUGUAUAUGGAAUAGUACAGGAUCUGCGUUGGAAGGCUGAAGUUGCCCAAUUGAAUGAUACUUCAUUAAGACCUCUUCGUACUCUGCCCCAACCGAUUUACAUCCCCUGGUACUAUCAAGACGAUUCAUCGUUUAUUCCAACCUUUCUUUUAGAAACUAUAGGCUUGCUCUGGACGGGGCAUAUAGUGAUGACUAUCGAUACAUUCAUCGGUUCCUUAAUUCUCCACAUGAGCACUCAGUUUUCCAUCAUGCAAGAAGCCAUAUCCACAGCCUAUGAUCGCACUAUGGAUAAAUUAAUUAAUGGUAUAAUCGAGAGCAACGACCCGGUGACCUUAAACUACUAUGAAGCCUCACUCGGUGAGAACAGGCGUGAGAUGAUUGUGAGAACUUAUUGUACGGAACAAGAAAUAGAGAUCGCUUUAGAGAACACAUUGAAAAGUUGUUUCCGUCAGCACCAAAUGUUAAUAAGUUGCGUUGAUAAAUUCGCAUCGACCUACUACUACGGUUUUAUGACCCAACUGUUAUCUAGCAUGGCGGCGAUUUGUUCUGUAAUGGUCCAAGUUUCGCGGGACGCAUCAAGUUUAAAGUCAUUCAGCUUAGUGACGUCACUAGCAUUUUUUGCAGCUAUGAUCAUUCAGCUCGCCCUGCAGUGUUUCACCAGCAGCGAACUGACUUAUCAAGCAGAGCGUGUAUCUGAAGCAGUGAUGAGCUGUAAAUGGGAACGUAUGCCGGUCAGGUUGAGAAGAUAUCUUAUAUUGAUGAUAGCCCGCUCUCAAAGACCAUUGCAGCUCUCUGCCGGGGGCUUCGCUACUAUGAACAACGACUGUUUCCUAGCUAUCCUGAAAGCCGCCUACUCGUAUUAUGCUGUACUAAGCCAGAGACAGGGUUAG